CCGAACUUUAAAAAUGUGAGAUGUAAAAUUGUAUGCACAAGGAUGUAAGGAAACUGAAAAAUAAGGAUUUAAUUCGGUCUGUUUUUAUCCUGUUAUGAUAAAGUUUUCCAUGAUGGAUUUCGUUGAAUUCAGAAAUGUUUUAAAGAUUAUAUUUGUUAGCUGUUUAUUUGUGGGAAUUAGCCAAGGGUUUACCAUUAGUUUAGUUCCAUCCAAUACAUUUAUAGUAGAAACUCAGUCUACUGAUCUGUUGAUGUCUACUGUGGGUGAAAGUGAAGGAAUCGCUGAAGUUAAUGGGAGCCUAACCUGUCAAAUUAGCAAAACUGAGGUUUUGUUGACCAAUGGGCAAAGUUCAACCACGUUUGGUUCCCCCUUUUCUAUCGGCUCAGGUGAUACUGGUAUAAAUUCUGGAACACUCUUCUUCAACACUUUUGGUAACAAUGUAUUUUUUAACGCUGACAGUCCAUUCAAACUCUCGUUUCCACGGUACCAAGUCUUUGUUACCUGUAAAGACUCCAAUGGAGUGUCAGAAGAAGCUCCUAUACCUUCUGUUUUAAUUACUGUAUUGUCCAAUCGAAAACCUUCAUUUGCAAGUCCUAUUGUAAAGCAAGUUAUUAAUGUUGGUUUAAACGCAUCAGCACUGCCAAAUUCCCUCCAAUAUAAUAUAACAGCUAAUGUGAUCAAUGACCAAGCAACUGAUGUAUUAUCCUUCUCUGUCAGAAACACGGAGCCUAAAGUGGAUUAUUUUGACGUCAAUGAGGGUAAGAUCAGUGGUGUCUCUGCCGAUGAAGCUUCCAGAACAGAUGCUGGUCAGCUUUGUGCCUCAGUCUCAAAUUUCUUUCCAACAAUUGCCUCUACUGGUAUAGUGACCAAUAAAAUAGAUCUAAGAACAGCCACAGUUUCUCCUAUAGAGUUAACCAUUGAUGUCAGUGAUGGCUUUAAUUCAGCUGAAAGAUCAUUAACCCUUGAAUUUGAACUCCUUAACAUGAAUCAACGCCCAGAUAUUGUCGGCUUACCAGCAACACUUAAUGUAGAUGAGGACACCCAGACUUUAAGAUUAGUUGAUUUAUCUGUGACUGAUGAAGGUGUACCAUUAAACAACGUCAAGCCAGAUUGUAUCGUUACACCGACUGGUGGCACAGAUGUAUUUGACUUUGUAACAAGACCGAUAUCUUUAAAACCAAGAGGAACUCGCUUUGGACGUACAUUUCUGGACUUCGAAACAACACCAAAGUAUAUCAUAACUUGUACUGUAUCUGAUGGAUUCCUCACCUCUCAGGGGGAAGUUCUCACUGUUAAUGUGAACAAUGUUAAUGAAGCACCAAUCUUCAGGGAAACUCUGUUUUAUUGUACCAUGGAUGAAUCUAUGGCAGGAGAAUCAGCAUGUAAUUUAGGAUUUAAUAUAAAAGAUCCAGAAGGUAACCAGUUUAUAACCAGGUUAUUUCAAGAUGAUAAUAGUAACCGAUUUGCCCUGACCUCAACCUCUAACAAUCUGAAUAAUGAUUUCUUCGGUGAAAAUGAUCGAUUGACCUUCAAUACUAAUUAUGAUGUAGACGAGGGGCGCAUGCCAAGUCGGAUGAGAUUAUUAAUACUUGGGGCUUUUAGUUUAUUGAUGAUAAAAAUGGGGGACAUGAUAGUCCAGGUGACCCUGUUUGUGAAUGCUAUAGAUGAGUUUGGUGCUACAGGUACAGCUACUAUUAGUGUGGUUGUAAGAGAUGUCAAUGACAACACUCCAGAGUUUGAUCUGAUUAAUACUGCUAUAGAGGUUGACUAUUCUACCAAUACUGGUUUAUUAGGUGUGAUAAGAGCCAGUGAUGAUGAUGAUGGUACCAAUGGUGAACUAGACUAUAGAUUAGUCAGUGUGGUACCACCCAACGCCAUCAACUAUGUUUCUAUAUUAGGGAAUGGAGAUAUACAGUAUAUACGACAAUAUCCAGACAGCUUGGCCGGUUCUAGCGUUUAUUUAUCAGUGGAAGCCAAAGAUCGUGGUACACCAGCUAAAUCAUCAACUGGUACUGUAGUUGUAUCUCUAAUAGCAACCACUACUACAUCCACUACACCAUUACCCACGACAACGACCACUAUCUCCACUACAACCUUAACAACAACAACUGAGGCGGAAUUCUUUGAUAAAUCAGAAAACGUUGCUAUAUUUGCAGUACUGAUGGUAUUACUAUUGCUGUUGCUAUUAUUAGCAUUAUAUUUUUGUUUUCGGUGGUGUAUAACAGGAAGUUGUACUGGGGGUAGCCCUGGAGGAGGAGGAGGUGGUAUGUGUGACUGUUGUCAACCAGCAGCGCCACCACCAAGACGAGUCACUCCUAUAGUGUAUGAGGAAUUUCCUCCAGUUACGUCUGGGGAUUAUAAAGGAGAUUUCUGGAGAUCAGGUGAUUAUUAUGAAAGUGGAAGACCAUUUUAAAGAUGUUAAAUACUGACUGAACAUAUCAACUGAUAUUCAGAGCUCUACUUUGUAUUCAACCACAAAUAAAGGACAGAUACAACUCUACUGUGAUAUUCUUAUUCAUCUUCUCAAUGUCUAGUUGUUAUUAACUGUGUACUUAUACCUUGACUACAAUAGCCACAUUUCUUGUUUCAUGGGUGCUACAACAGCGAUUUGAUUGGAUUGUAUGUUGGCAUUUAAAGCCAAUCAGAGUCCUCGAUAGAAAGUCUGUAAAGCAUAAUGUUUACAGUAUGUCUGUCGAGGGCUCUGUUUGGCUGUAUUCUCUGGAAAACAAUCCAAUCAAAUGGCUGCAUUCUGUUCCACUAGAAUAGUGUCUAUUCUAAUCAAGGUAUAAGACACAGUUGUCUGACAUUGUGAAGAUGAUUCUUACCAUGAUUAUUUGUAUAUAUUUGUAUAAUUUUUGUACAACUUUGUAUAUUAAAUUUUUUUAUUUC